AACCAAACCAACAUAAGUACAUAACCUCGUUAACCUCAAACUUUUGACAACUAUCUUUGGUCUAAUAACUUUGUUUAAUUUUUAAUUAUAGUUAUUUAGUUGUUAAAAUGAAACGUAAACUAGCCAAUAGCGAAAACGUUAAAAGUGGAGGAAGUAAGAAUAUACAAGGACCAUCUAAUUCCACUGAAAAUGCAAAAUAUACAGAGGAGGACAAUCAAUUGGGAGAAAUUGCUGAAUACUCCAAUGAAGACGACAGCUCAGAUGAUGAAGGGUUAGAGUUUGAAGAUGAUAGUGAACAAGAAAACGAAGAAGAUGAAGAAUCAUCAGUCGAAGAAGAGGAGGAAUCAGUUUCUGAAGAUGAAAACAGUGAUGCAGAAAGCGAUUCCGGAACGGCCGUAAGUGAUGAGCUUGAAUGGGAAUCUGAUAAUGAUGAAAACAACAAGAGUGAGAAAGAUUCAAAGAACAAAAAGAAAGUUCCCACAAUUAUUAAAGAUCACGCAAAGUCACUUAAGAUGAACAACAGUAAAGAAAAAACUGAUUCCAUUGAAAAAAUUCACAUUGAGAACGUGGUAAAGGAAGCAAAUAAUACAACUAUAGAUGAAAAAACCAAAACAGAGAAUGAAUACGAGGAAGGUGAUACCUCUGAUGAAGAAGACAUCCGAAAUACCAUUGGAAACGUACCCAGAGAAUGGUAUGACGAGUAUCGGCAUCUCGGCUAUGAUUGGGACGGAAAGAAGAUUUUAAAACCCGAAAAAGGAGACCAACUCGAUUACUUUUUAAAACAAGCAGAGGAUCCUAACUUUUGGAGGACAGUUGUUGAUGCGCAGACAGGCCAGGACGUUGUUCUCAGUGACAAGGACAUUGAGUUAAUCCAGAGAAUGUUGUCUCACAAAGUGCCUGAUCCUGAAUUUGAAGAGUAUCCUGAAUGGGUUGAAUGGUUCACUUCUGAUGUUAUGAAGAUGCCAGUGAGGAAGUUUCCUGAUCACAAACGGUCGUUUUUACCCAGCCGGAGUGAGAAAGAAAAAGUAUCAAAGUAUGUCCAUGCUCUUAAAAUGGGAUGGAUGAAGUCAUCAAAGAUGCUGAAGAGAGAGAAACGAGAGAAGGAGUUGGCCGGUCCCAAGUUCUACAUGUUGUGGCAGAGUGACGAGGUGGCUGAGGAGAUGAGGAGGAUACACAGCCACAUCCCGGCACCUAAGAGACAACUCCCCGGACACGCUGAGUCUUAUAACCCACCUGAGGAGUAUCUGUUCAAUGAGAAAGAGCUAAAAUACUUCAACAGAGAAAAGAAGUCACUGGGAAAAAAGAAGCUGCACUUUAUUCCUCAGAAGUACAACUCGUUGCGAGAAGUGCCUGCUUACAACAGAUACAUCAGGGAACGAUUCAUGCGAUGUAUAGACUUGUAUUUGUGUCCACGAGCUAUCAAGAUGAAGCUGACAAUAGAACCGGAAGACUUGGUGCCACAACUGCCCAACCCCAAGGAUCUUCAGCCCUUCCCCAACGUCAUGUCUUUGAUCUACCAAGGCCACACGGAUAUGGUCAGAUGCAUGUCUGUUGACCCUAAAGGACAAUAUCUACUGUCAGGAUCUGACGAUCUUACUGUCAAAGUGUGGGAGAUAUCCACAGCUAGGUGUCUAAAGACUAUUCCAGUAGGAGGGACAGUGCGUAGUGUAGCCUGGUGUCCCAACCCUGCUCUGCCUCUCAUAGCAGUAGCAGCUGAUCGUAAAUGUCUUCUAAUCAACCCUGGCGUCGGAGAUUCUCUAGUCAUUGAGAAAACAGACUCCGUCCUCAGUGAACCUCCAGUACAAGAUGGGCAAGUUCCUGAGAGAGUAGCCGUAGCAGUCCAAUGGCAGCAAGCAGAGGGGGAGGAAUGGGACCGAGGUAUCAGAGUUAUCGCCAAUCACUUCCGGGAGAUCAAACAGGUAACCUGGCAUGGACGAGGUGACUACUUCGCUACAGUGAUGCCCGAGGGUGAGAACAGAUCCGUGUUGAUUCAUCAACUGUCCAAGAGAAGAUCAAUGUUGCCCUUCAGUAGACCCAAGGGUAGGGUCCAGUGUGUACUCUUCCACCCUGUCAGGCCUUACUUCUUUGUGGCAACUCAGCACAAUGUCAGAGUGUACGAUGUUGUCAAACAAGAAAUGGUGAAGAAAUUGUACUCAAACUCCCGUUGGAUUUCAAGCAUGUCUAUACAUCCAGGAGGUGACAAUCUGCUGGUAGGCACGUAUGACUGCAAGGUGUUGUGGUUUGACCUGGAUCUCUCCACCAAACCAUACAAGACUCUAAGGCUUCACAGUACUGCAGUGAGGAGUGUGGCUUAUCACAGGACAUAUCCAUUGUUUGCAUCUGGAUCUGACGAUACAAGCCUUAUCAUUUCACAUGGCAUGGUCUACAAUGAUCUCCUCCAGAAUGCACUGAUAGUUCCACUGAAGAGGUUGAGUAACCACGCUCGCACCAAUGACUUUGGUGUGUUGGACGUCAUGUUUCACCCGUCACAACCCUGGGUGUUCACCUCUGGGGCUGACUCCACCGUCAGACUCUACACGUAAUGUAACACUUGUAGGGUUUAUUUGUGUAAAUAAUGGAUUUAUUUUAUA